AUGCCUGCAUGUGCACAGUGUUCGCUGCAUCAAAACAGAAUGGCUGAAUCUGUUGAUCCUUCAAAGCUAAUGAAAAGUUGGAGUAUUUGGCCAUCAACGAUUGAGGGUGCAGGUCCAGCAUAUGACAUUGAGGAAGCCUUCCGGCGAUUACCUCUCCCGUAUGCUGAUCAAGAGUUCAAUAUUGACCCUAUUAAGGAGGAGUUGGAAAGUGUGACAAAACCACCUCCAUAUGUACAUUUGAAGCAUAAUGUAUAUUUCGUCAAGAAGAAAUGUGAUGGUGAUGCCAUUGAAGCUAAAUGCAGUGAUUGUGACCCUCCUCUGACCUGUCAAAUAAGAUGCUCGUGCAGGUCUGUGUCCAUUAGCUGCUCUCAGGCUUGCAAGUGCUCAAAUAAGUGCACUAACAGACCAUUUCGCAGAGAGAAAAGGAUCGGGGUUGUUAAGACACAACAUUGUGGAUGGGGUGCCAUAGCAUUGGAAACCAUCGAGGAAGGUGAUUUUGUGAUAGAGUUUGUUGGAGAAGUUAUAGAUGGCGCGAGAUGUGAAGAAAGGCUUCAAGACAUGAGACAGCGCCGAGAUAAAAAUUUCUACAUGUGUAAAGUCAACAACAACUUUAUAAUAGAUGCAACAUUCAGAGGAAAUGAUUGCCGCUUUUUUAACCACAGCUGCAGACCUAACUGUCAGUUGGAAAAUUGGCAAGUUAGUGGCAAGACAAGGCUAGGUGUGUUUUCUUUACAGGGUAUACGAGUGGGUGAGCCCUUGACCUACAAUUACAGCUUCGAACAACAUUUUGGUCCACAGACAGAAUGUUUCUGUGGUGCUGAAAACUGCCGAGGGAAGCUGUGA